AUGAAGAAACUGGGGAUAAUCAUCGCGAUGACGGUGGCUGUCGCCGCGUACAAGGACGGGAGGAGAACCCUAUCGCCGUUGGAGGAUUUUCCGCCUUAUCAAGGACCGCGUCAGUAUCCGUCUUUCCACGAACAGCAUCAGCCUUUCCGGGAACAAGGACCGUUCAAGGCGCAACAGUAUCAAUCGUACAGGCAACGGCCCUAUCGCCAGGACCUCUCGUCUUUUCCCGAACGACUGUCCUUUAGGGAUCAGUCGUUGCUACGAGACUAUUCGUUGACGAAAAACCGACCGUUCUACGUGGACAACUCGUCCUUCAGAGACGUCCCGGACUCCAAGGGACAGGCUUCGUUUUUCAUAGACGGUGCGUCGUUCAGGGAUCAACGGUUUAGGGAGCCAACGUUCAGGAACGAGCAGAGCUUUCAGGAUCAGUCGCUGGACGAUCAGUACUCUUUCCAGCAGCAAUCCUUCGCCGACAACUACCGAUUCCCGGACUCGUACGACAAGCAGAUCAACUCCUACAACGAGCAGAAGCAAGCUGGUCAGCAGCAGUUCGGCAGAGACUCGGAGUAUUUGAAACACGGAAACCACGGCCUGGGUUACGUUUCCAUGCCGCCGAUCUCAUCCUACGGGAACCCUCUGCCAUUAAACGAGGAAAUGUCUACGACGAUUGCACCGUCGACGGCGUCGCCAAUCACCCAGCCGUUGCAGCAGUCUACAGUCUCAUCCGCCGUUCAGGAUAACACAAAACAUCAUACGUCCGCAACUUCCCAACCGAAAAUGGCUUUGCACGGGGCGACAAUACCUGGGAAAUCCGAUACGCUGGCCGACGGUUCCGCUACCAGUCCGCCUCCGACUGUUUCGACGGCGCCAGCCUCGUCGGUCAUUUCGAAGCAAUCUUCGAACCUGGCUCAUCCACCGACAGUUCUGCCCACGGUGGCCAGCUUACCUGUCAUGGCCACGGAAUCUCCGAUCAUAUCCUUCGGUAGACAGACGCUGUCCCCGGUCGACUUCCCGUCGACAAAGUUUACGGUGCCAUCGUCUUAUUACGUAACCGGCGGUCUGAAGAACAAACUACAGCAGUCGUUGCUGAACUAUCUGCUGACCCAGCAGGCGAAAAGUGCCAUAAAAAGCAACGAAGAGAGCUCGGUGGUGAAUUACGCGCUGCCGGAUGUAUCGAACAACAGUUUGAACAAGAUCCACAGCACGGUGUCGAACUACGUACUUCCGGAGGAAUCCAAGGAUGCGUUAAAGGACAACUUGCGAAGCUCCUUGUUGAGCUAUCUGCUGCAGCCGCAGUCCAAUCGCGCUCUAUCGUUUCAACAAUCUUCGCUACCGGAAACUGUGAAUUACGUUCCACUGGGCAACGCGUUGGUCGAGAGACCGAAGCUUUCGAUACCGAGUAUACCGAUCGGAACUUUGUCCGGCGUUUCUCGGCCGCUGCAGACCGUAAACUACGUACCCACGAUGCCCAGAGUCUCGGCCUUCGUGACUCAAGACUCCUUGUCGUCCUCUGCACUUCCCUUAGGUGCGACGUUGGCCUCGGGCUUGGCUCCCAGCGUCUCAGACUCUCAGUCCACGAGCAUAUUCAACAGUCUACCUGGCGGGUUGAACGGCAUAUCAGCGAGCAUGCCUGGCAGCCUGUUAUCGGGCGUUCCUACCAGCAUACCAACUUUGAACUUGGCUCAGAAUUUCCAACAUUUUGGCCAGCUGCGACCGUUCGAAGCUGCAAGGAGUCAGCCGCUCUCCUACGCCACAGGAUUGCAGAUGCAGUUGGGCGGUUACGGAGGGAUAGAUUACGCUUUACGGCCGAGUAAUCUUGCCCCACGGCCGCUGGAGCUCGGCAUCGCGAAAGUGGGCUUAAGUUUGCCGGAAUUACAGCGACACCAGCUUCCUACGUUCUCCAAGGUUGGGCUUGAACAACAAUUGUGGUAG